CCGUUUAUAUGCCUCACCCCCCCAUCCCCCACCUCCCCUGAGACCACCAACCUCGAGCAACAGUCUCCCCUAUCCCCUCUACCUUCACCAUCACCAUGGCCAUCGUGGCCGCUACAGCCCUCGCGGUCUCCUUCCUCCUUGUCCUCCUCGCACUCUCCCUCGGUGCCUCCGUCCAAGAGUCCCAAUUCAGCUUCCUCUCCCUUCUGAAACAGUCCCUUCAAGGUCCAUCCAUGGCGCGCUGGGACUUCAACGGCAGCUCCCCCUGCAACUUCCCCGGAAUCGCUUGUGACGACAACCAGUACGUGGUGGAGAUCGACCUGUCGUCGUGGCUUCUGACGGGCGGCUUCCCGCCCGCCGUCUGCGAGUCUCUUCCAGGGCUCCGUGUCCUCCGUCUGGGCUUCAAUGAGAUCCGUAAUGGCUUCCCGGUAGACCUCCUCGGCUGUCCCUUCUUGGAAGAGCUCAACUGCAGCCACGCCAAGAUCGCCGGUGCCGUCCCUGAUCUCUCCCCGCUCCAGUCUCUGCGCUCCAUCGAUCUAUCCAACAACAAAUUUACAGGCGAAUUCCCGAUAUCCGUCACCAACAUCACCGGACUUGAGGUCAUCAACAUCAACGAGAACCCGGGCUUCGACGUGUGGAGGCUGCCGGAGAACAUUACCGCGCUAACCAGGCUCAGAGUCCUGAUCCUUUCCACCACGUCCAUGCGAGGCGACAUCCCGCCGUGGAUCGGCAACAUGACGUCGCUCACGGACCUCGAACUCAGCGGCAAUUUCCUCGUGGGCCGGAUUCCGCCGACGAUCGGCAAGCUGGCGAAUCUGCAGCUGUUGGAGCUUUACUACAACAAGCUAACCGGAGAGAUACCCAACGAGCUGGGGAACCUGACGAGGUUGAUCGACAUAGACGUGUCGGAUAACCACUUGGUCGGCAGCAUACCGGACAGCAUCAGCAGCCUCCCUGGCCUCCAAGUUCUGCAAGUCUACACCAAUAACCUCACCGGAAAGAUCCCCCGAGUGCUCGGGAAUUCGACGGCGCUGACGAUCCUGUCCAUCUACGGGAAUUCGCUGACCGGAGAACUCCCACCCAACCUCGGCCAGUUCUCGAACCUGAUCGUGUUGGAGGUUUCAGAGAACCGGUUGUCCGGCGAGCUUCCGAGGCAUGUCUGUGCCGGCGGCCAGCUGCUCUACUUUCUGGUGCUGAGGAACAACUUCUCCGGCGGACUGCCGGAGACCUACGCGGAAUGCAAGUCUCUGCUCCGGUUCCGAGUCAACGACAACCAGCUCGGCGGUUGGGUGCCCGAAGGCCUCUUCGGGCUUCCUCACGCAUCCAUCAUCGACCUUGGUUUCAACCGUUUCGAAGGCGUCAUCUCCAAGUCCAUCGGCAACGCCAAGAACUUGACCGCGCUGUUCUUGCCGAACAACCGUAUCUCCGGCGCUCUGCCGCCGGAAAUCGCGUCGGCGACUAGUCUGGUGAAGAUUGAUCUUAGCAACAACCUCUUGUCGGGGCCAAUCCCUGCUGAGAUGGGCAAUUUAAUCGGCCUCAACCAGCUAUCGCUGCAGGGGAACAGACUGGACUCGUCCAUCCCAGAAUCUCUAUCCUCGUUGAGGUCUCUCAAUGUCCUCAACCUCUCCAACAAUCUUCUGACCGGAGAAAUCCCCGACAGUCUCUGCGAUUUGCUUCCCAAUUCACUAGAUUUCUCGAACAACCGGCUUUGGGGGCCAAUCCCGCUCCCUCUGAUCAAAGAAGGCCUCAUCGACAGCGUCUCGGGAAACCCACAUCUCUGCGUUCCAUUCCAUGUGAACCUGAGCAACCCCAUCUUUGCUCUCUGUCCAAAGCCUAACCUUCGUCGUAGGCUCAACAACAUGUGGAUCAUUGGAGUCUCCGCAAUGCUCUCCAUCGCCGGUGUUCUCCUGCUCGUGAAGCGCUGGUUCGGCAGGAAGAACAUACCGAUCGAACAGGACGGCUUCUCUUCCUCCUCCUCCUCCUCCUACGACGUCACGAGCUUCCACAAGCUCAGCUUCGAGCAGCACGAGAUCGUGGAGGCGUUGAUAGACAAGAACAUCAUCGGCCAUGGCGGCUCCGGCACCGUGUACAAGAUCGAGUUGAGCAAUGGUGAGUUGGUCGCUGUCAAAAAGCUGUGGAGCAGGAAGACCAAGGAUCGAUCGCCGGAUCAACUCUACCUCGACAGGGAGCUGAGAACAGAGGUGGAGACACUAGGGAGCAUCAGGCACAAGAACAUCGUGAAGCUGUACUGCUGCUUCUCGGGCAUCGACAGCAAGCUCCUGGUCUACGAGUACAUGCCCAAUGGAAACCUAUGGGACGCUCUUCACCAGGGGAAGAGCUUCCUGAAUUGGCCAACCAGGCACAAGAUCGCGGUUGGCGUAGCGCAAGGAUUGGCCUAUCUGCAUCAUGACCUGCUGUUUCCGAUCGUUCACCGAGACAUCAAGACAUCUAACAUUCUUCUUGAUGCAGAUUUCGAGCCCAAGGUUGCCGAUUUCGGCAUCGCAAAGGUCUUGCAAGCAAGAGGAGACCGCGACACUUCCACCACAGUGAUCGCUGGCACAUAUGGCUAUCUAGCUCCUGAGUAUGCUUAUUCGUCGAAAGCCACUACCAAGUGCGAUGUGUACAGCUUCGGUGUGGUGCUGAUGGAGCUGGUCACAGGAAAGAAGCCGAUCGAGCCGGAGUUCGGGGAGAGCAGAGACAUCAUCCACUGGGUAUCGAGCAAGAUGUGCACCAAGGAAGGUGCAAUGGAGGUACUGGACAAGCAGAUCUCAUGGAACCCAAUGAAAGAGGAGCUGGUGCAGGUACUCAGGAUCGCCAUUCGCUGCACCUGCAGCAACCCAACUCUUCGUCCAACCAUGAACGAGGUGGUCCAGCUCCUGAUCGAGGCUCAGCCAUGCAAGCCUGACGCCACCGGAUCAUCCUUCAAGCUCAAAGACUGAGGACACAGCUCGAUCGUGAUCGGUGGAAGGGGUUUGGUAGGGGUUUAAGGGCAUAGCAAGCACACUAAGCCACAGCCUUAUCUUUGCUUGCUAUCUAUCACCUACGCUUAGAUUCCACUUAAUAUCUUAGUUAUACCACUCAUACUUGUUCAAAGAUGAGGCUUGCGAGGUUCUGCUUCUCGAUCAUAUGAUCUCUUUUUCCUGUUCGUCUUCGUUUGAUCUGAAGAAGGAUUUUGCUGAAUCUGCUUCACUCUGCUUUGUACUUACGCAGCAUCCGGUGCCUGUGGACCUACAUGUACAUAUCAGUAUUCUUCUUCUUUAAGAGUAUUCUCUUCUCCUUUUUUUC